AUGCUUGCUUCUUUUUCUCCCCUUUUAUUUCUUUGUUACUGCUGUGUCAUUAGCUCUUUAGUCAUGACGGAGGUUGCAGCAACCAAAAAGGAAAAGAAGGCCCCACAGGAGGAGGUUGUUGUGCAGCAGACGGACCAGGCACAGGUUGGUCUCAUCAUCAAGGUGCUUGGCCGCACUGGCUCGCGUGGCAAUGUGACGCAGGUUCGUGUCCGUCUCAUGGCAGAGGAGGGCUCACCGGAUGCAAACCGCACCAUUGUGCGUAACGUGAAGGGACCGUGCAAGGAGGGCGACAUGCUUUCGCUCAUGGAGACAGAGCGCGAGGCCCGUCGUCUGCGUUAA